CCAGAAACAACAUCAUCCUCGUUUUUUAUUUCCUUCGUUUUCGUUUAUUUCAAUCCAACGUUGAGUUUUGCACGUGUCUCACCCAUGACGGUAUAAACGGAAAAACAGCCAACGCGUCGACUUAACACGGAAAAUUGAAGUCUUCAAUUCAAUCCACGGACGAAAAGAAGAAAAAUUGGGCGAAAUGUCGAACGGAGUUUUGCUGGUCCGCGACUACCAACCCGGCGACGAGCUCUCCUGCGCCGAGAUCGUUCACGAGGGCGCCAUGUCCACGGUCAACAUCUCCUUCGUCUACGCCCUCAUCAGGGAGGUCACCUUCCAGCUGAUGGUCCUCUCCUCGGCCGUCAUGUUCAUCUUCAUGGGACUCCCUCUCACGGCGUGUCUGUACGUGAUUCCGGGCGUGAUCGUGUUCAUAUACCUUGCCGUGUGGGGCGGGCACGUGUUCAAGGCGCUGGAGCAGCAGCAGGACGCGCGCAACGUGCCCAGGGCCUACAUGAGCUCGGAGAACACGGGCUUCUGGGUGGCCGAGGUGUUCGAACCCUUCUUCACCAGGGAGGUGACGGGAAAACUGGCCGUGGUCAGCGAUAUGGGGCUCAAGAGUAGCGGCCUCGACUUAACCAACUGCCGCCGCACGGUCGUCGGCACCGUCGCCGUUACCAGAAACAACCUGAAUCCGGAGAAGGUCGCCUGGAUCAAACGGCUCAACGUCAGGAGCAAAUACAGGCACAGAGGCGUGGGCACGGCGUUGCUGAGUGAGGCGCUGUCCUUCUGCCGCACCCAGGGCUACGACGAGGUGGAGCUGGUGACGUCAGAGUGCCAGGACACGGCGCGCGAGCUGUGCUUCAAGCAGGGCUUCGACCUGAAGCAGAUGUACCACAAGCCGGUGUUCGGCCCGCUCGCCACCGUCACCAUGUACCAGCUGCAAUGCCGGCUCCACUCGAACCAAGUCAAGAAUUUUUAAUCCAGCAGGUCUUCCCAUCACACUCUUGCAUUUAGCAUUUACUCUCGCCCCUUUUGGCAACUCGUAAUCUCUCUCUCUCUCUCCAUUUGAUCCAGUCUUUUGACACUUUUCACGAUAUGAUCACUACAGAAAUUUUAAAUCAUGCUCGAAUAUUUUAAAUUUUGGCCUAUUUAGAUCUCUUUUUUAGAAAUUCAAUGAUUUAAAAUUGAUUUUAUUGAUAUUUUUGUCAUAUUUUCAAUCUUAAAUAAUUUUUUAUUUCCCAUUCGAUAACUAUGUAACUUUUAAAUCAUUAUUUUCACUUCAGAUUUGAGCAUAUUGUAGGUUUUCCAUUUUUAUUAAUUAUUAAUAUUAAAAUACUUCAAAUUAAACCGCUACUAUUUACAUACGCGGCUCUUCUUCAUUCCAAAAGAAAAUCACGUAUACCAAUUUUCGAGCGCGAGCUUCCAGUAUCGGCAGCUCUGUUCUUUCCCAAAGUUACUACCUACGCAAUUGUUGUGAAAGUAUAAAGAAGGCUGUAUACCGCAUUUGGACGACCACGCGCCUGUAGUCGGGAUAAUUUUAGGUGUGCGAUUUAUGAUAUAUAUUGUAAGGCUGAGAUCCACACAGCCGCAGGGCCCAAAAUUUUGAUCGUAUACUGUACAAACCCGUAAACUCCUUCCAAUUUGUAUCCUCAGCGAAAGAAACUAGAUUGGCCGAUAGAGCUAGAGGUUGUUUAUCCUCCCUUUGUAAUCCUAUAACGUAUUCCUACGAAAAAUAUUAUUAUUCAUAUUUCAAGUUCAUGUCGUUUGAAAUAAUUAUCUUUGAAUAUUAAUGACUUUUGGAACUUCUAGAUCCUCGCCGAUUUCAAUGGCAGUUAUAAAAUACAUAUAAACUAGAUUCUCAAUGAUUAAAAAAAGACUUGUAAGAUUUGUAUGACUUAAGUUCCCAAAAAAUAGUGACAAUAAUGAGUAACGUAUUUUAUUCCUUUCCUAAUCUUAAUGUGCGAGAAGAAAAUGCAAAAGGAAAUAUUUCUUCAGCCGUGCAAAUUUUAACUGUCAUUUUAGAUCUUGUCCAUUUAAGAGCCAAAAAUAUAUUUAGGUGAUAUUUUGACAUUAAAAUACUUGCAAUAAAUUAAUGUUUAGCUCGCGAGUUGUAACUUUCUUAUAAUUAAAUGCAUUGAGCGUCAAUAAAAACCAUUCUCAAUUUAAUAA